AUGUCAGCGACCUUCCGCAGCGUCAUCCUCGGGCAGCCCGAGAUCGCCGCCAUCGUCUUUGGCUACCAGGCUGGCUUGUAUGAAGACGUGCGCCCAGCUUUCCGCGCCUGCGAGGAGCUUGUCGAGUUUGACACAUGCCAAAAACUCUACCUGUGCGACGCAUCGUUGUACAAGACGCUUGCACCAAGCGGCCGUGCAGGUCCCACGCGAUUCGGUUCGUCCCGCUACCUUCUGCGCAACGAUUCGCGCGACGACCGACUGCCGCUGCACCUAGCCAUUGCCAGCGGCUGUGUCCACCUGGCCACGCGCAUCAUCCAGUGUCGCCCAGACCUUGCCUCGGAAGACGCGAUUCUUUUGGCUUUUAUCAAAGACCAGUUGGAGACGGUCGAGGUCCUUCUGGAUCUGCGAGCGACGUUGCCUGCGCUGGAGAGCCUGUCUACCACGCACGUCGCGAGCGUACAGGAGGAGUCUAUGUGUCGCUUCCCGGUGGGGUUUUUGGUUGACCUCCUCGCCAGAGGCGACACCAAAGGCCUGAAGCUGCUUCAGCGCUUUGGCACUGGCCCCGACGACUUUGAAGGUCGCCAUGAUGCCCAGUCCAAUCUUACCAUGUCCGAACGGGUCGUGCGGUGGGCCAUGCCAUGCGCGACGCUGGCUAACGUGGCGCUCGCACUGGAACUGUUCCCAUGGUUCCACUCCCCAGGUCUCUUGGACGACGUGGCCAGCAAAGGUUUCUUGUCGCUCGUACGCUUGCUGCAUGGCCGCAGGCUAAAGUGCUCGACGAACGCCAUGGACAAGGCGGCGGCCAACGGUCACCUCGAGGUCGUCGGCUUUUUACACUCGGCGCGAGGCGAAGGCUGCACUGUCCGUGCCAUGACCGACGCCGCUGCCAAUGGCCAUUUGGAGGUCGUUCGCUUUCUCCAUUUCAACCGCACCGAAGGCUGCACGACGAGGGCGCUCGACGGUGCCAUCUGCAAUGGCCACCUCGCCAUCGCCCGCUUCUUGAUUGAGCAUCGAAGCGAGGGCGCGUCGCUCAACAUCCUCGACGAGGCUGCCGGCAACGGUCACCUUGAGAUCGUUCAGUACCUCCACAACCUCGGUUCGUUUGGCUGCACCGUCGGCGCUGUCGACAAGGCUGCUGCCGGCGGCCAUUUCGACGUCGUCCAGUUUCUUUUGAAUAACCGAAGUGAAGGCUGCAGUCGCGCCGACGUCGUCACUCGUGCGCUCACAAACGGUCAUCUCCAAACGGCCAAGUCCCUCCUCUAUCUUGGGUAUCCGUUCCCGACCUCGGAAAUUCGAUGGUACGUCAACACCCUUCGCAAGCCCGAGAUGAUGGACGUCGUCCAACUGCUCCUCGAGAAAGGCGGGAGCUUGGACGCGAGCUGCAUACUGUACGCCUGCAGUGCCAACCAUCUACCGCUCGUCCGCUUUCUUCACGAGCGCCCGUGCGAUUUCAGUGGUCUCUACUUGAUCGCGACAGCGAUGAAGAGAAAGGCAUGGGAUGUCACAGCCUUUCUCUUGGCCCACGGCAAGACCGACGUUUUGCUGCUCGCGCUCGGGUGUGCGCUACCCAUUACCCUCCUGGAUCUCGUCAUGCGCCGGCUUGAGCGUCAACCCGAGCUCCGUGACGACAAGCUCCUCCAAGUGGCUCUUCGAAGCGACAACGUCGAGGCGAUGCGAGGCCUCCUCACUCUCGGCAUUGGGAAGCCACGCGAGUGCCUCGUCGAGAUUGCGGGUCGUCCCAUGCACGUGACUGCGAGCAAGCUUUUGCUGCCGUACUGCAUGGACGCGACCAAACAUCUCGACAAUAUCCUCUAUCUUCUCGACCUGCUCGCGCUGCCUAACCGCCGCCGCAAGACGACGCUCCAGUUGAUCACAUCCGAUCUUCUGGACCAAGGACGCAAGGCCAGCCAGACCAUCCAGCUUGCACCGAGCGUGGCGGUGCGAGCAUCAACGCUGUUGGAGGCUGGCAAGGUCGUCGACUGGGCGUUGGCGCUCGUCAUUUGCCAGCGCUGGACGUCAGAUGCACCAGCCGCCAUCGAGCAACUCGAGAAGCCGGCGUCUUUGGUUCAGGACGCCGAGCUCCAGACGCAGCUCUACCACCUUCUCGCACAUAGGUCAUGACCGGUGGCAUGACAAUAUUGUCCAACAACCCCAAUGGUCUAAUUCGCAAUCUACAAUGUU